AUGUUGCUGGUGGAUGUUGGUGGUGAUGGCCUGCAGUGUGAUGGUGACUGCCGUGAUAGUGAGCGUGAUGAUGACUGCCGUGAUAGUGAGCGUGAUGAUGACUGCCGUGAUAGUGAGUGUGAUGAUGACUGCCGUGAUAGUGAGUGUGAUGAUGACUGCCGUGAUAGUGAGCGUGAUGAUGACUGCCGUGAUAGUGAGUGUGAUGAUGACUGCCGUGAUAGUGAGCGUGAUGAUGACUGCCGUGAUAGUGAGUGUGAUGAUGACUGCCGUGAUAGUGAGUGUGAUGAUGACUGCCGUGAUAGUGAGCGUGAUGAUGAUUGCCGUGAUAGUGAGUGUGAUGAUGACUGCCGUGAUAGUGAGCGUGAUGAUGACUGCCGUGAUAGUGAGCGUGAUGAUGACUGCCGUGAUAGUGAGCGUGAUGAUGACUGCCGUGAUAGUGACCGUGAUGAUGACUGCCGUGAUAGUGAGCGUGAUGAUGACUGCCGUGAUAGUGACCGUGAUGAUGACUGCCCUGAUAGUGAGCGUGAUGAUGACUGCCGUGAUAGUGAGCGUGAUGAUGACUGCCGUGAUAGUGAGCGUGAUGAUGACUGCCGUGAUAGUGACCGUGAUGAUGACUGCCGUGAUAGUGAGCGUGAUGAUGACUGCCGUGAUAGUGACCGUGAUGAUGACUGCCGUGAUAGUGACCGUGAUGAUGACUGCCGUGAUAGUGAGCGUGAUGAUGACUGCCGUGAUAGUGACCGUGAUGAUGACUGCCGUGAUAGUGACCGUGAUGAUGACUGCCGUGAUAGUGAGCGUGAUGAUGACUGCCGUGAUAGUGAGCGUGAUGAUGACUGCCGUGAUAGUGACCGUGAUGAUGACUGCCGUGAUAGUGAGCGUGAUGAUGACUGCCGUGAUAGUGAGUGUGAUGAUGACUGCCGUGAUAGUGACCGUGAUGAUGACUGCCGUGAUAGUGAGUGUGAUGAUGACUGCCGUGAUAGUGAGCGUGAUGAUGACUGCCGUGAUAGUGAGUGUGAUGAUGACUGCCGUGAUAGUGAGUGUGAUGAUGACUGCCGUGAUAGUGAGCGUGAUGAUGACUGCCGUGAUAGUGAGCGUGAUGAUGACUGCCGUGAUAGUGACCGUGAUGAUGACUGCCGUGAUAGUGACCGUGAUGAUGACUGCCGUGAUAGUGAGCGUGAUGAUGACUGCCGUGAUAGUGACCGUGAUGAUGACUGCCGUGACAGUGAGCGUGAUGAUGACUGCCGUGAUAGUGAGUGUGAUGAUGACUGCCGUGAUAGUGAGCGUGAUGAUGACUGCCGUGAUAGUGAGCGUGAUGAUGACUGCCGUGAUAGUGAGCGUGAUGAUGACUGCCGUGAUAGUGAGCGUGAUGAUGACUGCCGUGAUAGUGAGCGUGAUGAUGACUGCCGUGAUAGUGACCGUGAUGAUGACUGCCGUGAUAGUGAGCGUGAUGAUGACUGCCGUGAUAGUGAGCGUGAUGAUGACUGCCGUGAUAGUGAGCGUGAUGAUGACUGCCGUGAUAGUGAGCGUGAUGAUGACUGCCGUGAUAGUGAGCGUGAUGAUGACUGCCGUGAUAGUGAGCGUGAUGAUGACUGCCGUGAUAGUGAGCGUGAUGAUGACUGCCGUGAUAGUGAGCGUGAUGAUGACUGCCGUGAUAGUGAGCGUGAUGAUGACUGCCGUGAUAGUGACCGUGAUGAUGACUGCCGUGAUAGUGAGCGUGAUGAUGACUGCCGUGAUAGUGAGCGUGAUGAUGACUGCCGUGAUAGUGAGCGUGAUGAUGACUGCCGUGAUAGUGAGCGUGAUGAUGACUGCCGUGAUAGUGACCGUGAUGAUGACUGCCGUGAUAGUGAGCGUGAUGAUGACUGCCGUGAUAGUGAGCAUGAUGGCCGCCUGUCAGGUCGUGACACCCCACCCCCCACCCUCCCAUCAUCGUCCCAGUAA